UAACGGAAAACCUGCCGUUGUCCCUUGUGAAACGACAUUCGGGUAUGAGAAUUCACAGGGCAGUGUGGCAGGAGGUGGGAACCAGGGGCAAGGCAAUCAAGGCAACGGAGGGAGGGGUGGAGGAAGGGGGCGAGGCAGGAAUGGCGGCGGAAGAGGAAGGCAAUGGAAUGGUCAAGGCCAGGGGUACCAAGGCCAAGGGGGUCAAGGCCGGAAUGGUCAAGGCCAGGGGUACCAAGGCCAAGGGGGUCAAGUCCAAGGGUACCAAGGCCAAGGGAGCCAAGGCCAGGGGUACCAAGGCCAGGGGUACCAAGGCCAAGGGAGCCAAGGCCAGAGCCCCGCGACUCCGCAAUGAACUGAAGGGGAGAUUGUUGCGGCGCCUGGUGCCCAAUGUCCAUCUGGGUACGAUCCUGCCCAAGGAGGCAGAGUGGGCGGAGUCAGGUACGAAGAUGAACUGGAAGUGCGUAGCCUGCGGCACUGUGAAUUUGGUGGUGAAGGGUUCCAAGUGCGCAGCAAUGGUGGACACCGGGGCGGAGAUGAACAUUAUUCGGGAGGCGGACGCGAUGAGAUUCGGGCUGGAUAUAGUUCGUUCUGACUGCGGUAUUCUGCAUGGAGCCAGCUGUAAGGCCGUGUUUUGCGGGACAACCUCGAAUGUGCUCAUCGAGGUUGGAAAGCUAAGGGCCAGGGCAUGCUUCUCCAUAAUGUCAGAUGUGGACCAUGGAAUCCUCCUGGGGAGGUCAUUCCUAAGCAGGACGGAGACCGUGAUGUUCAACAAACAUGACGAGACUCUAAUCCUUCUCUUAUGCGAUCUUGCCUGCGGGAAUUACGAGAUAAUUACCUGCAGGAACACAAGGCCAAGAAGUAUAAGGAACCGGCCCAAUCCAGGAUCAUUCACGAUUGAAGAAUCGAAAGGUGAGCGCCGGAGGCUCCAGGCAGAGCCCGAAGCAGGAGAGAGGGUGGAAGCAUUUUCCCUCAGCCUGUCAGAUGUUGGGAAGGCAAUGGACCUGGUGGCCGCGCAUGAGAUGGCAGACCCGGAUGCCAUCCAGGCCUUGAGGGAGCAAGUUCUGGAAUGCCCCGAGACAGGAAGGGGACGGCUCAAGCAGGGUUCCCAAAGGCGGUACAAGACGGUAGACAAGAAGUGCCGCCUGGUUCCCGUCCUCGUUACAGAAGACGAGGAAGCAUAUUACGAGAGGGAACGAGGGUUGAUACGACGAAUGAGGGAAAAUGCUUUAGCAGGGCUAUGUCGUAUCAACGAAGGGAACGAGGAGGAGUUGAUCAUAGGGGAACCUGACUUCCUGCUGCCUCAGGAGCGAACGUUGAUGGUGGAACUAAUGAAGAGGAGGCAUCGCGCCUAUGCGUUUAGCGACGAGGAGCGUGGCAGGCUGGAUGAAGACAAAAUACCUAUGAUCCGCAUCCACACCGUGCCACACGAGCCUUGGAACAUGAGAGGGGCGCGAUAUCCUAAUCCUGACGAGGAAAAGAAGGUGGUGGACUACCUCGAUGAUAAGAUAAGUACACACGUCGCUGACUAUUCUAGUGGACCGUAUAUGUCCCCGUGGUUUUGCUUCAUUAAGCCUAACGGGACGCUGCGAUGGGUGCAAAAUGUGCAGAGGUUAAAUGCGGUGACCGUGCGGGAUGCUGGAGGACUGCCAAAUGCGGAUGCUUUGUCGGAAUCCUAUGUUGGAAGACCUAUAAUUUCGCUUAUAGACCUUUACUCAGGAUAUGAUCAGUUUCCGGUCUACCCGCCGGAUAGGCCAGUGACGGCUAUGCACACGCCGCGAGGAUUAAUCCACAUGAACGUGGCCCCUGAAGGGUGGACCAAUGCGGUAGCAAUGGUCCAACGGACCAUGAUUCGGGUUAUGCAGGCAGUCAACCCCCAUAUCACACAGCCAUACAUCGACGAUUUGGAAGUGAAGGGGCCGGCAGUGAAGGAGAGCGACGAAGUCUCGCCAGGGGUAAGGCGCUUUGUUUGGGAGCAUAUCCAGGACCUCAAAAAAGUCCUGAGUCUGCUCGAGGAGCAUAACCUCACGGCAAGCGGGGCCAAAUCCAGACACUGCAUGAGGGAAGUGACCAUUUUGGGAUUCGUCUGCAGUGAGAAGGGCCGAAGGCCGGAUGUGAAGAAGACGGACAAGAUUACUGAGUAGUCAGUUCCAUUCCACUCAAUAACUGAUGUCAGAAGCUUCCCUGGUACGUGUGGAUUUUGGAGGGCCUUCGUCAAGAACUUUGCCGCUAAGACUGAACACCAGAGGAAGUUAGUACGUUAGGAUCAGGAAUGGGUAUGGGGUGAAGAGCAGGAAGAGGUGGUGGCCAGAAUGAAGGAGGAAUUUCGAG